AUGUCUGCCAAUGCAAUUAAAUAUAUUAUAAAAAAGAGCCAACCAGCUUCUUCUUCUUCUUCUUUUUAUUCUAGAAGUCUUUUAAAAACAUUUUUGUACUCUUCUGGCACCGCAGCAAUUACUUCUGCAGCUUAUUACUACUAUAAUAAUAACAACAACAACAACAACAACAACAAGAGACCUACUGGUAAAUUUGGUUUGGGUGGUACUGCUGUUGCCGCUGCCGCGUUUACUGCUUCCACUACAGACCAUUUAGCUGCAAAAGAGGAAGAUGAUCAUGAUUAUCAACAAGUUUAUAAUGCAAUUGCUGAAAAGAUCAGAGAAGAAGAUGAAUAUGAUAAUUAUAUAGGAUACAUUCCGGUUUUGGUCCGUUUAGCUUGGCAUUGUUCGGGUACCUAUUCAAAGGAUGACCAUAAGGGCGGUUCUUUCGGUGGUACCUACAGAUUUCCUAAAGAAAUGAACGAUCCUUCGAAUGCAGGCUUGCAAAAUGCGUUUAAAUUUAUAAUUCCAAUUAAAGAAGAAAAAUUCCCAUGGAUUUCAUAUGGGGAUUUAUUUACUCUUGGUGGUGUUGUUGGUAUUCAAGAGGCUGGUGGGCCCAAAAUUCCUUGGAGAAGUGGUAGAACUGAUGAACCGGAUAGGGAUGUUCCAGAUAAUGGCAGAUUACCUGAUGCUAAUACAGAUUCCAAUUAUGUUCGUAACUUUUUUCAUAGACUAAACUUUUUGGACGAUAAAGAGAUUGUUGCUGUAUGUGGUGCUCAUUGUUUGGGCAAGACCCAUUAUAAAAAUUCAGGAUAUGAAGGUCCAUGGGGUGCUGCCACUAAUAUAUUUACUAACGAAUUCUUUGUUAAUUUGUUGAAUGAAAAUUGGAAGUUGGAAACUAAUAAAAUGGGUAACAAACAAUACGACAGCGAUAAGGGAUACAUGAUGUUGCCAAGUGACAUGGCGUUAGUACAAGAUGAUAAAUUUCGUAAGAUUGUAAAAGCUUUUGCUGAUGACCAAGACUAUUUUUUUAAAGUUUUUUCUGUUGGUUUUACUAAAAUAUUAGAAAAUGGUAUUGAUUUUCCCAAGGAGAACAAACCACACUAUUUUAAGACUUUGGAUGAGCAAGAUUUGUGA